UUAGUAGAAUAAUAUACCUUGUCAUUGUAAUGUUCACAUCUCUGUAAAGAGGAAUCGAAUCGACGUAUUUGUACAGUUAUUUUAGUUUAAGUCGUUGUUUUAGUCUAAUAUUAAGUGUAUAUCAAUAGUGCCAUGAGAUAUUUCGACAUACAAAGAAGUGGUGUCGAAUCGAGAAUAGAAAACCCCAGAAAUCAAAUUAUGUUAUUGUAAAUAACAAUAUAUCUGUGAUCUCUGUGUAUAGCCGCUAGUUUAUAUACACGUUAAUCAGUGUUAAUUAAUUAAUUAUUUAGUUUGUUUAUGAGUAUACGAUGAGUGGGGUUAGCUUGAAACCGCCGCCGCCGCUGAAGCAAAUCGAUUUGGAUCAGAUAUGGGGCGACCUGCGCGAGGGCAUAGAGCAUGUCUACAGGAAACAACACAUGGAGCGGAAGAGAUACAUGGAGCUGUAUACUCAUGUAUACAACUACUGCACCUCGGUGCAUCAGAACACGUUCACCGCGAGUGGGUCGUCGCACAGCCGGCCUCAGGGCAGCUACGCCAGGCAAAACCAGGGCGCUGGCCUUGUCAAUAAGAAACAGAGUCCAGCGACGACCGGCGGCGCUCAGCUGGUCGGCUUGGAGCUCUACAAGCGGCUCAGGGAGUUCCUCAGGAACUACCUCGUCAACCUCCUCAAGAACGGAGCCGAUCUGAUGGGUGAGGAUGUACUCGCGUUCUACACCAAUCAGUGGGAAGAGUACCAGUUCAGCUCGCGCGUGCUCAACGGAGUCUGCGCUUACCUCAACCGGCAUUGGGUUAAGCGUGAGUGCGAGGAGGGCAGGAAGGACCCGAAGGUGUACGUUUCAACGAUACUGGAAGUGCACAAGAAAUACAACGCGCUCGUGUUGGUCGCGUUCAACAACGAUUCCGGCUUCGUGGCUGCCCUGGACAAGGCUUGUGGCCGAUUCAUUAACAGCAACGCCGUCACUCGCGCCGCCAACUCCUCGUCCAAGAGUCCCGAGUUGCUGGCCAAGUACUGCGACCUGCUGCUGAAGAAAUCCAGCAAGAAUCCCGAGGAGGCAGAGCUGGAAGACACGCUCAACCAAGUGAUGGUUGUGUUUAAAUACAUAGAAGAUAAGGAUGUAUUCCAAAAGUUCUACAGUAAGAUGCUCGCAAAGCGGCUCGUACAGCACAUGUCAGCCAGCGAUGACGCCGAAGCAUCAAUGAUCUCAAAACUGAAGCAGGCUUGCGGGUUCGAGUACACGAGCAAGCUGCAGAGGAUGUUCCAGGACAUCGGCGUAUCUAAAGACUUGAACGAAAACUUCCGGAAGCACAUGUCCAACAGCUCGGAGCCGUCCCUGCACAUCGACUUCAGCAUCCAGGUGCUCUCUUCCGGUUCCUGGCCCUUUCAGCAGUCAUCUUCCUUCCAACUGCCCACAGAACUCGAGCGUUCCGUGAGCCGGUUCACGACGUUCUACUCGUCCCAACACUCGGGCCGCAAGCUCAACUGGUUGUACAACAUGAGUAAAGGCGAACUGGUCACCAACUGCUUCAAGAACAGAUACACGCUCCAAGCUAGCACGUUCCAAAUGGCCGUGUUGUUACAAUACAAUGAAAACACAGCGUGGAGCGUGCGUCAGCUAGAGCAACACACAGGCAUUAAGGGUGAUUUUCUCGUUCAGGUGCUGCAAAUUCUGCUGAAAGCCAAGCUGCUGGUGUGUCAGGAAGAUGAAAGCGAAUUGACAGAGUCAUCCAUAGUGGAACUCUAUGUAGGAUAUAAAAACAAGAAACUACGGGUGAACAUCAACAUCCCGCUAAAGACCGAGCUAAAGGUGGAACAGGAAGCCACACAUAAACACAUUGAGGAGGACCGGAAGAUGCUCAUACAGGCGGCGAUCGUACGGAUAAUGAAGACCAGAAAGACGCUGAAACACCAGCAUCUCGUGGUAGAGGUGCUUAACCAGCUAUCAUCGCGGUUCAAGCCGCGCGUCCCCGUCAUUAAGAAAUGCAUCGACAUCCUGAUAGAGAAGGAAUACCUGGAGCGCACCGAGGGGGAGAAGGACACAUAUAGCUACCUGGCGUGAUUCCACCAGACAAUGUAUAUGAAUUAAUGAAUAUAACAAUAUUAAUGUA